UUUGGCCAGGAGAGGGGCGAGUUGAAGUCCCCGGCGGGAGUGGAGUUUCAUUUGGCCAGGAGAGGGGCGAGUUGAAGUCCCCGGCGGGAGUGGAGUUUCAUUUGGCCAGGAGAGGGGCGAGUUGAAGUCCCCGGCGGGAGUGGAGUUUCAUUUGGCCAGGAGAGGGGCGAGUUGAAGUCCCCGGCGGGAGUGGAGUUUCAUUUGGCCAGGAGAGGGGCGAGUUGAAGUCCCCGGCGGGAGUGGAGUUUCAUUUGGCCAGGAGAGGGGCGAGUUGAAGUCCCCGGCGGGAGUGGAGUUUCAUUUGGCCAGGAGAGGGGCGAGUUGAAGUCCCCGGCGGGAGUGGAGUUUCAUUUGGCCAGGAGAGGGGCGAGUUGAAGUCCCCGGCGGGAGUGGAGUUUCAUUUGGCCAGGAGAGGGGCGAGUUGAAGUCCCCGGCGGGAGUGGAGUUUCAUUUGGCCAGGAGAGGGGCGAGUUGAAGUCCCCGGCGGGAGUGGAGUUUCAUUUGGCCAGGAGAGGGGCGAGUUGAAGUCCCCGGCGGGAGUGGAGUUUCAUUUGGCCAGGAGAGGGGCGAGUUGAAGUCCCCGGCGGGAGUGGAGUUUCAUUUGGCCAGGAGAGGGGCGAGUUGAAGUCCCCGGCGGGAGUGGAGUUUCAUUUGGCCAGGAGAGGGGCGAGUUGAAGUCCCCGGCGGGAGUGGAGUUUCAUUUGGCCAGGAGAGGGGCGAGUUGAAGUCCCCGGCGGGAGUAGAGUUUCAUUUGGCCAGGAGAGGGGCGAGUUGAGGUCCCCGGCGGGAGUGGAGUUUCAUUUGGCCAGGAGAGGGGCGAGUUGAAGUCCCCGGCGGGAGUGGAGUUUCAUCUGGCCAGGAGAGGGGCGAGUUGAAGUCCCCGGCGGGAGUGGAGUUUCAUUUGGCCAGGAGAGGGGCGAGUUGAGGUCCCCGGCGGGAGUGGAGUUUCAUUUGGCCAGGAGAGGGGCGAGUUGAAGUCCCCGGCGGGAGUGGAGUUUCAUUUGGCCAGGAGAGGGGCGAGUUGAAGUCCCCGGCGGGAGUGGAGUUUCAUUUGGCCAGGAGAGGGGCGAGUUGAGAUCCCCGGCGGGAGUGGAGUUUCAUUUGGCCAGGAGAGGGGCGAGUUGAGGUCCCCGGCGGGAGUGGAGUUUCAUUUGGCCAGGAGAGGGGCGAGUUGAAGUCCCCGGCGGGAGUGGAGUUUCAUUUGGCCAGGAGAGGGGCGAGUUGAAGUCCCCGGCGGGAGUGGAGUUUCAUUUGGCCAGGAGAGGGGCGAGUUGAAGUCCCCGGCGGGAGUGGAGUUUCAUUUGGCCAGGAGAGGGGCGAGUUGAAGUCCCCGGCGGGAGUGGAGUUUCAUUUGGCCAGGAGAGGGGCGAGUUGAAGUCCCCGGCUGGAGUGGAGUGAACUGGUUAGUUGAUUAAAAUUAGGCCUAGGACCUCAUUGAUUCGGUAGGCAUCAGGUAAAAAAUGUGGAACCAAGGAAAGUGUGUUUCAGACUACUCAAGUGAGGGGUCCUCCUACAACACCAGACACAAGAGAGAGAGUAAAAAAUAGAAGAAGGUGGAAGAACUCGUCCCUUAAUCAUUAUUUCACAGAAGCCACAACCUUCACAGUAACUGAAGUGACGUUAAACGGCAGUUGGAAAACAUGGAUGCGUUUGAGGGUCUCCACAGUGUCCGGCUGUCCUCCUCUCCACCCCUUGCCUCUGUCACCAAUCCAGGGUAUGAGGUUCUCGUAUCAGCCAGAUCUGGUAUCCAGGUGUACUCCAACACCACGUUCUAUGGUAAACCCAGUGUUCUAGAGCAGGCUCAGAAGAGAGGGAGAGCCAAAUAUCACUCCCACCGAGAGGAGACUAAAGAAGAGAGGUGUGAGGUUGGAAGGUUGGUAGACCUGGAGCCAGGUCCAAUCCCCAGGGUGGAGGGUGGAGGGCAGGGUGACCCCAGGCCCACCAGGCCCCAGGAGCAGCGUACCCAGGCCAGGGGGAGAGAGGGGAGCAGGCUGGAGCGUGCUGCCCAGCUGGAGGGUGCCCGGGGCGGGGAGCAUGAAGACAAUGUGUCCCGCCUCCGGAGCUCUUCUCUGGAGAUCAGAGAGAAGGGAUCAGAGAUCCUCAGAGAGCAGCUAGAUGCUGCACAGAAGGAGCUGAAGCUGAAGGAUAAGGAGUGCGAGCGUCUGUCACAGAUCCGGGAUCAACUAGAGCAGGAGCUGGAGGAGCUAACUGCCAGUCUGUUUGAGGAAGCUCACAGGAUGGUGCGUGAAGCCAACGUGAAACAAGCAACAGCAGAGAAACAGCUGAAGGAGGCUCAGGGAAAGAGUGAUGUUCUGCAGGCGGAGGUGUCAGCCCUGAAGACCAUGGUCCUGACCUCCACCCCGUCUUCCCCUAACCGCCGGGCCCACCCUCAGCUCCUCUCCCCGGGCACUAGGUCCAGGGGUGCCAGCCCCCACCAUGGAGGGGGACACGCACGCAACAAGAGUGCCAGUGGUGCCCUCCCAUUGGCCCCUGGUGGGCACUCAGACCUGCCCUCUGACCUGCAACCAGUCAGAGAGGACAAAGAGCCUACUGUUCCUGCGCUCCUCUUGCUGAUUCUAUGUCUGGUUCCGGGUCACUCUGUCUCUGUGACCUAUGAACCCUACUGGGCAGAGCAGGGGGAGAGGCCACGGUCUCUCAGCCGCCAGAUGGACAGCAUUCUGUAUGCAGAGUUCUUGACCUGGAAAAACAGACCUAGUCUGGACAGAAGUUCAGCCUUCCUGGUGCGGAUAUACAGGGAGGACAUCGGCCCCUGCCUCUCCUUCACACGAUCUGAGUUGUCUCAGUCAGUCCAGAGUGCAGUGGAGAACAACUCUCUAACCAUCGAGCCGGUGGCCAUGUCAGCUUUACCCAUGGUCAGAGCCAACGCCAUAGAGUGUGGCGGGCCCAAUGGCUUGAAGGCAGCAGUAGAGAUGAAGUGUGCGUUGAGCGGCAUAUCCCGGUCCUGUAAGCACCAAAUCAAACUGGGUGACGAAGAGAGUUACUACUAUAUCUCUCCCUCCAGCAGGGCACGGAUCACAGCCGUGUGUAACUUCUUCACCUAUAUCCGCUAUAUUCAGCAGGGCCUGGUCAGACAUGAUGCGGAGCAGAUGUUCUGGGAGGUGACACGUCUACGGAGGGAGAUGACUGUGGCCAAGCUGGGCUUCUACCUCACAGACCAGGAAUAGGAGGACAGAUGGGAGGAGAUGUCACCGUAGACCUAGGUCGUGUUUAUUAGGGCACACCGGAGCAAAACGUUUAAAAAUGGUUGUGCAACGGACAAUGAAAAUGAGCUCAUUUCUUCCUCUUCGUGCCCAGUGAACACAGCCCAGGGCUAAAAGACAGGAGUCACCAAUCAACUGUACGAUUUGAGAGUCAGAUCACCUGUACCGGUUUCACACUGUCAGGACAACCCGAACUGAACUGGGCUGGCUUGGUUUGGCUCAGUAGUGUGAGAAGCCCUCAGAAGGACAUGCGGGACACAGAAACCGGAAGGAGGCUUCAGGAGAACUAUGCUGCUCACUUUUCAUCCACACAGUGCCAUAUACCCUCCAGUACUGCGGCAUUACCCCUAGGUGUUGUCUCCUCUCUCCUUAGAACCACCGUUGUCUCCUCUCUCCUUAGAACCACCGUUGUCUCCUCUCACCUUAGAACCACCAUUGUCUCCUCUCUCCUUAGAACCACCGUUGUCUCCUCUCUCCUUAGAGCCACCGUUGUCUCCUCUCUCCUUAGAACCACAGUUCUCUCCUUAGAACCACAGUUGUUUCCUCUCUCCUUAGAACCACCGUUGUCUCCUCCUUAGAACCACCGUUGUCUCCUCUCACCUUAGAACCACUGCAGCAAACCAGACCACCUCUUACUUUAACCUUGAUAGAUUCUUGCAGUACAUUGUAAAUGCCUUGCAUGACUAAUACAGAAAAUAUGUCUGUAAUUAGAAUGGGUUAUAGAAGGGCAGGGAUUUACUCUGAAAAUAGCUGCAUUUAGGCUGUUUAGUACUAACCAGUUCAGAAAUAGUGUGUACACAUCCCGUUACAUUCAGGUACUUCAGUUAAAUAAAAAACAAAUGAAGAA